GCAUGUAAAUUGAGAUUCAUGUUAAUAAAUGCCGCAUUAUUCUCAUCAUCCUAAACGAAGACUUGCUUCAACACGAACAGGAAUAACUCCAGGUGUUACAGCUGAGAUCUGCGUGAGAAAUCAUUGUAAAAUGAUGUUUAUUAAAGAAGAGAGUGAGGACAUGAGUUAUCCAGAAGCAUGCAGUUCAAAUGCCAUGAAAGAUGAAGAUACUGAGGAGCAAAGAGAGCUGAUGAAAGUGAAAGAGGAAAGUGAGGAACUGAAUGAAGAGGAGAAACAACAGUAUCAGAAACAUGAUCAUUUCGAAACUGAAGAAAAAUAUUUUAGAAGAACUCGAAGAACAAAAACUAAAAAAUCUGUUACCUGUCAUCUAUGUGGGAAUACUUUUACAUGUAAAGAAAAUGUUACUAAGCACAUGAGAAUUCACACUGGAGAGAAGCCUUUCAAAUGUCAUGAAUGUGGGAAGAGUUUCAGAAAGUCAUGUAGUCUCAAAAAUCAUCUGUCCUUUCAUACUGGAGAAAAGUCAUAUAGCUGUGAUCAGUGCUGCAAAACAUUUUCUUCAGCAUCACUCUUAAGAACACACCGGACAGUUCAUACAAUUAAGAAGCCUUACUUGUGUUCACUUUGUGGAAAGAGUUUUUCACAUAGGCACAGUUUAAAAGAGCACCAGAGAAAACAUACUGGUGUAAAAGCUCAUGUGUGCUCUGAAUGUGGGAAGGCCUUUCACAGAGCUUAUGAAUUGGAACGUCACCAAAGAGUCCAUACUGGAGAAAAACCUUACAAGUGUUCACAUUGUGGAAAAAGAUUCAGUCAUUCAGGGAACCUGAAAACACAUGAAAGAGUGCAUACUGGAGAGAAGCCACACCACUGCACUUCAUGUGGGAAGAGUUUUAUUACAUCAGGACACUUGAAAUCACACGGGAGAGUACAUACUGGAGAGAAGCCAUUCCACUGCACUUCAUGUGGGAAGAGUUUCACCCAAUCAAGCACUCUACUGACUCACAGAAAAAAGCACUGUCCAGGGCCUUCACAGUGAACAAAGUUAAUCUUUAUUUGCAAUUUAAACGGGAUUAAAUUCAGAAAAGAAAUCAAGAUCAAUUUCUCUCAAAAGAACAAAUACAAUUAAAUGGAUGAAUUGCUUUAUUACCUGUUGUACGGAUUGAGCUGUAAUUCUGUGUAAAGACUGAUUUAUAUUUCUGCGUCGAACCCACACCGUAGCCUGAUGUGCAGCUCUCCAAAAAUGUUACCAUGUUUGUGUAGACGGAGACCACAACAACUGUAAUUGUAACCAAAAUCUGUCUUUCAGUUUGACAAAAAAAUAAAAAUAUCAGAGGUAGCAUUGAAUUUCUUAAAAAAAAAAAAAGCUUUGCAUCAUAUCGCAUUGCAUUUGGACUCGGUGGCAUUGUUUUAAUUUUGAGGCAUUUGCUGUUUUUUAUGUUCUGUUUAUGUUUAAUGAAAAUACAAACGAAAAUGCGACAAAAAGGCAUCUUGUAAAACCCGGGGCUUUUCUAUAUUUUUAUUCGAUACAUAUUUGAUAUGUGAGUAACACAAUAUUUGUUGUAUUCUACUCGAGAUCUUUCCGAUCUGUACAAUGUUUUGACCAUAUUUUUGACAGUAUGAUAUAAAGUGCACAAUCAUUUCAGAAGUUAUGAGAAUGGAACACUUAUUGUGUUAGUAGAUUAAAAAGCAUCUGUUAAGAGUUAUAUGCAUUGUAAAGUGCUGUGUCUAAGCAUUAAAACAACACCCAUUAUGUGUUGGUUAAGGAAGUCGUUCUAAAUUGUUUUUUUUCCAGCACUGACCAUCAAAA